AUGUGCGGAAUUUUCGCCUACCUCAACUUUUUGACGCCCAAGAGUCGGAAAGAAGUGGUCGACAUUCUGAUCCAAGGCCUCCGUCGUAUGGAGUACAGAGGAUAUGAUUCGGCGGGCCUGGCGAUCGACUCCGGCAAGCCGGAAGAAGCUCAUUCUCCAGUGGCGCUGUUCCGCAAAUGCGGCAAAGUUGACAAUCUUCAGGAGGCCAUUAAUUGUAAGUCAGCCAGAUUUAUAGCAGUUUUUCACCGUCACAUCCCGUAUUUUAAACCGUUUUUUGCUUUAUUGAAUAAUAAGUUAAGGCUUUCAAAUGCCUUCUUUUGUAGCCGUAAUUCUUUAGCCGUAUUUUUGCCAUUUUGUGCGGAAAGAAUUCGUUUUUUUUGUGGAAACGGUAGAAACAAGUGUGAAAAUUUUUCUGUCAAAAUUUGCCAAAAAAAUGUCGCAUCUUUGCCGGCUUUUAAUCUAAAAAUUUUAGCAAUUUUUUCCCCGAGAUUAAUCUGCAGAGGCGAGCUAGGAAUCUCACGUAUGACUUACAAGGGCUCGGCAAAACCUCGUCCCCUGGUUUUUUCUUGAAACAUAUACCAUUUGAAAGAGCGCAAAAAACUGGUCUAGAAGCGACUUUUAUUAGCUGCUAUUAUCCACUUACGCGCUGGCUAGCGAGAAUUUUUUAGUUCUAGGCUAGUCUCACCCUUCUUUUGAGAAAACAAACGCGAUCGGUUUCAAAAGCAAAGCGAAGCAGUGCUUCGGUGGCCUAGUGGGGAAAGGCGCUGCUCAAGGACCUGCGAAGCGGGUUCGAAUCCUGUUUUGAACUUUUUUAUUUUUCUGGCUAGUAUGGAACAAAUAAAGUCAGAAAGUUAUAUUUAAUUUUGGACUAGACUUUUGUGUAUACUCAGGUCCAUUUUAAAAGAAAAAACUACAACUUUUUCGUUUUUUUUCAUUUUGGCCUCUUUGACCUUGUAGUGGGACAUCCUGGGUGGUUGAAACUUUCGAAGGCUUUCAUAUUUUUACUAGGAAUUCCCGCUAACGGAAAGUACGUAAAAAUUGAGUCUGAAAACAUCUUACAUGCUUGGAACAUCUUCGUUUGUCUUGAGUUACAAGACCUAAGACAUCGCGCAAUCACUCAUUGAAUACAUCAACCUGAAUGUCUCAAACUCAGAAAACCUUUUGUAUUUUUUGACAUGGGUUGAAGCGUUCAACCUCAUUAAUGACUAAUAUUUAUAUGAAAAGUGAUUAUUCGAUCUCGUUCACGUCUCAGAAGCAAAAAGUUCCAGAAUUCAACUUGGAAAUUUUGAAAAAUGCCCGCUAGCCAGCCCGUAAGUGGAUAAUAGCAGCUAAUUCAAGGUGAUCCUAAACCAGUUUUUUACGCGCUUUCGAAUGGUAUAUGUUUCAAGAUAAAACCAGGGGACGAUAUCAAUUCCUGAAAGUUUUAGCUCGCGCUUUGCGGGCGCCACCGAGAUAUCGAACGAUUUUUGCCGAGCACGCUAAACGUGGAGAGCGGUCAGAGAGAAAAACGGUUUUUGGCCAUUACUUUGGCAGUUUCGCGCGGAAAAGUUUGAUUUUUUGUAGAAACAUUACACUUUACAAUUGAAAUAGGCAUGGAAUUUUUCGUGCCGAAAUUCGACAAAAAGUCCUAAAUUUUGGCCGACUUUCGAUCUAAAAAUCUCGGUUGUUUCGGCAAAGCGCGGGCUAGGAUUCUCGCAUAUAUCUUAGAAAAAAAUAUUUUAAAUUUGUGCCAAGUUUCAUCAAAAUCUGAGCGUCGCACUUGGAGUACUUCCCCUGAAAAUUGUGCCAAUUUUCAUCAAGAUUUGAGCGUUGCACUUUUAGUACUUUCCCUGUAAACCUAUCAUACAGCAAAGCCCGCCUAUAACGAAUAAUUUUUCUGUGCCUGUAACGAAUUCUCCCAUAUUUAUAUCAAAAGUAUGUAUUACAAAUCGUUUUUCAGCCGACACAAAGCUGGAAUGGGACACAACCUACAACGUUCAUUGCGGCAUUGCCCACACUCGUUGGGCCACGCACGGCUCCCCAAACGACGUCAACUCGCAUCCUCAGCGCAGCGAUGAGGAGAACGAAUUCGUCGUCGUCCACAAUGGAAUCAUCACCAAUUACAAGGAGAUUAAGGAGUAUUUGAAGAAGAAGGGCUGUCAGUUUGAGAGUGAGACGGACACUGAGGUGAUUGCCAAGUUGGUCCAGUACAUUCACGACAAAUACCCGCAGUUCAACUUCAGACAGCUGGUGGAGACCACGAUUCAACAGCUGGUGAGUUGUUGAAGAAGUGUUGUGCACGUGUUUCGACACGAGACCAAUUCUAAGGGUUUUUUAAGGGAAAAAAUUUUUGUGAUUGGUACACUUAACAAAUUUAUAUGUAUUAUAUACUCGGCGCAAAAACUGGGGACCUGAUCGAGUGUCAAAAAAAACUUACCAUUUUGCAUCAAGGGGGUAUCGAAAAUGUGGUAAAAUGCUUCCCUCUCCAAGUGAAAAAACGUUUUGAAGGGCGCCCUUUCCCUCUAAAAAAGAGCGGGCGCGCUGUUGAAAUCGGAGUUUUUUUCAAUUGGAGAGGGAAGCAUUUUGUCACAUUUUUGAUAAUUCCCGGAUGCAAAAUGGUACGUUUUUUUGCCGUUGGAUCAGGUCCACCACUGUAAAAAAUGGCGCUAUGACUAUUCGUGUCAUCGGCAGUUCGGGUCAACGUCGUCGUUGUAUUGAAGCGGGAGGCUAGGAGGAGGCUUAGUUAGUAGAAAUAAUAAGAUUAAUCGGGUGCUAGGACAUAAGCUUAUCGUUUAUUUUGAGGUAUUUUAAAUGCACGUACUCACAUCAAUAAUAUCUAGAUAAAAGUUACGGAGCUUCAUUUUUUGCCGCAAAUUUUGGUCUUUUAUAUGUUACAGUAACUCAGAGUAAGAAAAACUAACGUUUGUAAUAAUCAAUAUAAGAAACAGUAGACACAUUGCAAGUCUUCGUCAAGUGUUCGCCGAGCGUCCGCUAACCAAUAAUCGAACGGCUUUGCCAGGCGUUUUAAGUACCUACAAAAACUUUCUUUUGGGUAUUCACCUGCCCUACGCCCUAUAUCAAUCGAUUUUGUGUUGUUACCCAAACUGUCAUCGACUCGAAAAGUCCAAUGCAACUAUAAAAGAAGUAAAUUGUAAGUCCCUAAAAACAGUGGGCAGCCCUUUCGCAAUUUCCAAAGCCUUCGUAUCGAUCGAUUUUGCGUUGUCACCCGAACUGUCGUUGUCUCGAAAAGUCAUAUCGCUAAAAACUUUACCCUUCUUUUUUCAGGAAGGCGCCUUCGCGUUGGCCUUUAAGUCCCGCCGUUUCCCUGGUCAACUCGUCGCCACUCGCAGAGGCUCACCGCUCGUCGUAGGGAUCAAAAGUGAUGCUCGUCUGAGCUCGGAUCACUUCCCCGUCUACUUCAGCAAGGGUACGUAAAAAUCUGCAUUUUCUAGCACACGGGAUAUUAUUGAACAUUUUUUUCAAAGUUUUAUUAUUGAACAGGCAUUUUUUCGAAAUUCUAGUGUUAUUGUGUUUUGCGGUUGUUGUACAGUUGAGUUGCAGAGGCAGGUUUCAUUUGGCAGGACGACAAGAAGCUGAGAAAUUCCUCUGGCAAAGAGAACAGUCAGUUUUUUGCGAUAGCUUCAUAACGCUAACCGCUAGCUUGCUGGCUUAACAAAUUGACUUGCUUACUAACUACCCGCUGCGUUCUCACAAUGGGUGUUGUGUUUUUGUUGAGUGUGCUCUUGGCUUUUGUUUCUUAUCAAGUUUUAAGGAAUUUGUGACCUUAAUUCUUUUAUUUUUAGGCGCUAGAAUCAAGAGCGAAGAGAUCUUCGAUCAACUGGACAAUGGGGCUGCAAGAUUGGGUAAGUCGGGAUGCAGUUGCAAGCCAGGGGAUGUACAGUGCUGUAGGCUGGUUGUACUGGGAAAAAAAGUUAAAAAUAGAGAAGAAUUUGGCCAAAUCUGGUUUCAAAAUCAUUCAGAGGACACUGAAAGACCUUGAGUUUUGUAACAACAAAACCUUGGAAAAUUCAUGGGGCGCAGAAUGAUAGAAACUUUGCACUGACAACCCCCUGGAACUGAUACAGUGGAGGACCUGAUCCAGUGGCAAAAACGUACCAUUUUGCAUCCGGGAAGUAUCAAAAAUGUGGCAAAAUGCUUCCCUCUCCAAGUGAAAAAAACUACGAUUUCAAAAGCGUGCCCGGUCUUUUUGUGAGGGAACCCUUCAAGACGAAGGUUUUUCACUUGAACAGAGAGGCAUUUUGCCACAUUUUUGAUACUUCCCGGAUGCUAAAUGAUACGUUUUUUGCCACUGGAUCAGGUCCCCCACUGCAAGUACACGAAUCUAUUCGAUUCAUCCGUUGCUUUAAAGGUUACGGGAGUUGGUAAAAAAUGCUUUCUGAACCUUUAAAAACUCCUGGUCAACUUUAUGGUAACUGCUGAAGCCAUUUGUACACCUAGAAACUUAAUCAGCAACACCAAAUUUAUUGCUAGAAUUUCUUGUUGAAAGUGAAUUUUGGUUGAUUCCCAAACGUCCCGCCUGAAUCAUAGAGCCUAUCCUAAGCCCUAAGACCCAUCAAUACCACACUUUUUUCAGGCGACACCAAAGACCGUUCAAUUCGUCCAGCCGAUGCCAAAAACUGGGAAGCCGAGUAUUUCUUCGCCUCAGACGCUAGUGCCAUCGUCGAACACACCAAACAAGUUCUCUUCCUCGAGGACGACGACGUCGCGUUCGUCGAGAACGGCUCGCUGACCAUUCAUCGGAUCAAACGCGAUGGCUCCGAUCCAUCGGCGCAGACUCGCGAGGUCCAGCAGCUGAACCUGGAACUGAACGAGAUUAUGCGCGGCGACUUCAAGACGUUCAUGCAGAAAGAGAUUUUCGAGCAGCCGGAGAGUGUGGUGAACACAAUGCGAGGCCGUGUGCUGCCGGACGGCCGAGUUCUGCUCGGUGGGAUUCAUGACUUCAUCCCGGACAUUAAGCGAUGUCGCCGACUGAUUUUGAUUGCGUGUGGAACGUCGUACAACUCCGGAAUUGCGUGCAGACAGUUGAUGGAGGAGUUGACCGAAUUGCCAGUGGUUUUGGAGCUGGCCAGUGACUUCUUGGAUAGGGAAACUCCCAUUUUUCGGGAUGAUGUCUGCUUCUUUAUCAGUCAGAGUGGAGAAACCGCGGAUACGCUAAAUGCCCUGAGGUAAUAUAGAGAUUUUAAGGGUUAGAAUGAAAAAUAAACCUUAAAAAUACCCAUGUUCUUAUUUACGGAACGUUUGCUUGACGUUUUGCUCGAAAAAUAAUCAAAAUUAUAUUGUACUAGGUAUCAGAUAAAGACCCUUGAUUUCUCUAAAUUCUACAGGCCGAAUUGGCUUCUUUACUGCUUACUAGAAAGGAACAGCCUCCUUAUCAACGGUCAAUAUAAAAUUAGCGAUCAUAUCGAGAGUUAACCCCAAAAAUCGCCUAAAAUUUAUAUUGUACUAGACAUCAAACCUAAAAUUUUUCAAACUUCAGAUACUGCAAGCCCCGUGGCGCUUUGUUGAUCGGAAUUACAAACACUGUGGGCUCAUCCAUUUGUCGAGAGACCCACUGCGGAAUUCACGUCAAUGCCGGGCCUGAAAUUGGUGUGGCGUCGACCAAAGCGUACACUUCGCAGAUCUUGGCGUUGGUAAUGUUUGCGCUGUCCGUCAGCGAUGACCGGAUUUCAAUGCAAAACCGACGUGCUGAGAUCAUCCAUGCUCUGCAGACCAUGCCAGGUAUUUUUUUUUAAUUUUUUGCUGAAUUUUGCAGCCGUGACAUUUUAUACGAUGAAACAUGUUUGGUCAUGUAGAGGAUGUCCUUCUACACGCAGUAUUUUACGCUACGAUACUUCGUAUUUUGCACUAAAAACUGUCAUUUAAAAAAAAAUUUACUAUUUUCAACUAGUGACAUUUUAUACGAUGAAACAUAUCUGAGCAGGUUUCAUCGUAUAAAAUGGUUUCACCUAUUUUAUCCAAAAAACUUAUUUUCAGAUCACAUUAAGACAAUUCUGACCCUGGAUUCGCAUAUUCGAUCAGCCGCUGAGACAAUUUACAAAGAAAAAUCGGUCUUGGUCAUGGGAAGAGGCUACAACUUCGCCACAUGCCUUGAGGGCGCGUUGAAAAUCAAAGAAUUGAGCUACAUGCAUUGCGAGGGAAUCAUGUCCGGAGAGCUGAAGCAUGGCCCGCUUGCGAUGGUCGACGAGAAUCUGUGCAUUAUUAUGGUGGUUUGCAGCGACAAUGUUUAUAAGGUAACGAGUUUGUAAGCUUCUAAACCGAAUUUUGAGCUUUCAGAAGUCCAUCAACGCGCUUCAACAAGUCUUGGCCCGGGGCGGUCGGCCAAUUGUCAUCGCCGACGAGAAGGUUCCGCUGGAUGAUUUGAGCGGCGCCAAGGAGAUAAUCAGGGUUCCAAAGACCGUCGACUGCGUUCAGAACAUCUUGACCGUAAUUCCAUUGCAGUUGCUCAGUUAUCAUGUCGCCGAAUUGAACGGCCUGAACGUGGAUCGUCCCAGAAAUUUGGCCAAAUCCGUCACUGUCGAGUAA